AUGACGGCAAACGGCGCCAGUCGUCGGUCCAACUCGGAGAAAUUCAACGUCAAGGUCGACACUCAGACCGGCGGGGCGACUUGUACAAUCCCCAUCCCGACUUCUUCUGCACGAUCCUCCCAUGUCGAUCCCGUUCUUAGCCUGGAGUACAGCUCCGGGGCCGCUGGGUCUAGUGGCGUGUUUGGUAUGGGAUGGCGUCUAGCCGGGGUUGAUUCCAUCUCGCGCAAGACGUCUCGGGGCGUCCCGACCUACGACGAUGACGCUGAUGCAGAUGUGUUUGUGCAUUCCGCCCUGGGAGACUUGGUCCCCUCGGAUAAGCCCACCAGGACGACUGAUGGGCACAAUGUGCGCGAGUAUCGUGCGCGGGUAGAGGGCCAGCCAACGCGUGUCGAGCAGUGGACGACGACAGACGGGGCUGAUGCGUUUUGGAGGGUGACUUCCUCCAACAACAUUGUCGCCAUCUACGGCCUCUCUGACAACGACCGGAUCUUUGGCCAAACAGGGUCAGGGCCGUCUGCGAAGAAGAAGGUAUUCGCAUGGCUGGCUUCCGAACAGUAUGAUGGUCGCGGGAAUCAUGUUGUUUACACGUACAAACCCGAGGACAACGUGUGCGAGUCCGGGGUAUUUGACGAUAUCCAUUCGUCCUUUUCGCAGCGCUACCUCAAGACUAUUCAGUACGGGAACGCUACGCCUAGCCGCAGUGUCGAUGACUGGAACGUUGUGACAAGGCCUUUGGAUUGGCUGUUCGAGGUGGUCUUUGACUUUGGCGAGCACAAUGGCGAACGACCUACAACCAAGGCGGAGAGCGCGUGGAGCCGUCGCCAUGACCCGUUCUCGACCUACAACAGCGGCUUCGAGAUACGGACAUACCGCCGUUGCAGUCGCGUUCUGAUGUUUCACCACUUCCCAUCUGAGCUUGGUAGGCAGGACUGCCUCGUCUCAUCGACAUGCUUCGAUUACGAGACAGAUGAGCGCUCGGGCGUCAGCUUCCUUACUUGCUCCGUUCAAAAGGGCCACAGUCCCCAGGGAGACAAUGACUACUGGACCCUUGCUAUGCCGCCAGUUGAACUUGGGUAUACCAAGGGACCCCCCGACUUUGCAGAUUUGCCAGUCGAGGAGAUGGAUCUGCGCAUGUCGGGGCUGGACACCUCCAUGGCGCAAUGGGUUGACCUAGACGGCCAAGGUGCGCCCGGCAUACUCACCAAGUCCAAGGGGGGAGGGUGGUACUACCAGCGCAACGUCACGGGAGCGGAUGGCCGCCCAGAAGUUGGCGAACCGCGCCCAGUGAGCAUGUUGCCAAGCAUGACCCAGUCUGCCGUCGAGGACUGGCGUUUUGAACAUGUUCGUGGGACAGGAGCGCUGGACGUCGUGGUCAUGACCGAGAAUGGCGGCCUGCGUGGGUUUUACGAACGCGACGAAGAUGAUGGAUGGCUGAAUUAUGUGCCCUUUGAGUCGCAACCAAACCUCGAUAACCCAGAGGAUUACCGCUCUGUCGAUUUGAGCGGGACUGGCACUGCCGAUUUGCUCUCCAUGGUGCCUAUGGCUGGCGGUUCCCUUGUAUGGCAGCCAUCCUUGGGCUCUGAUGGCUUCGGUCCGGCGCAGGCUGCUAUUGGGGCCCCGUUACUGUCUCUGGGAGAUGCUACAUCGCUGAUUCAGCUCUGCGAUAUGACAGGCGAUGGUCUAGCCGACAUGGUCGAGAUUCGCAACGGAAACGUCAGCUACUGGCCCAACACAGGCCAUGGAACUUUCGGAUGCAGCAUCAUCAUGGGCAAUGCUCCCUUGAUGGCCGCUGGUGACCUCUUCUCGCCGCAGCGAGUCCGACUUGCCGAUAUAACGGGGUCUGGGACAGCCGACCUGCUUUAUGUGCGCCCCGAGGGCGGUGUUGUGGCCUAUUACAACCGCUCGGGAAACGACUGGAGUGAUGGAGACGUGAUUCCAGGGUUCCACCUGCUUGGUCGCGCAUCGGCUGUCGAUGUCCUUGAUCUUGGAGGUCAAGGCCUUACAUGUCUAUGCUGGGUGUCCGACCUGUACCGCGGUGGUGGCGACGACGACGCUGGGAGCACCAGCGGGCUCUCAACGGUCUAUUUUGUGAAUCUCUCGGGCCCGCAACAUCCCGGACUUCUCGAGAAGUGGUCAAACGGGACCGGACUGGAGACGACAUGUACCUACAAGUCGUCCUUUUCUUUCUACAGCGAGGACGCGGCUCAAGGAACACCUUGGGCGACUAAGCUUCCGUUUCCGCUCCUUUGCGUCUCCCAGACCGUCAUGGUGGACAGAGUCACGCAAACAUCGUCCACUGCCCGGUAUGCCUACCACAACGGUUACUACGACCACACCGAAAAGAUGUUCCGUGGCUUCCAGAUGGUUGAGACGUGGGAUGCCGAGGAAUUUGACUCGGUGGCCGCCUCGCCGUUUCAACGCCCCCCCGUCCUCACCAGGGACUGGUUCUACAUCGGCGCGGGACGGGUAGAUGAGUCGAGUCGCCUGCCGUGGAGCUAUGAGAUUGAUGCGCCCCGGCACGACGCCAUAGCCAGCACUACGUUGCCCUUGCUGGGGGCUGACGUGGCUGUUUCCGCAGAGGCAUAUCGCGCGCUCGCGGGCCAGCCACGGCGAAAAGAGGUCUUCAGCGCCGACCCCUCGGAUCCAAAGGCUGCUUUUCCAUACCUCAUCUCACAGCAGACGUACGACGUGGUCCUCCGGCAGGCGGCGCCGGCACCUUUGGUGUGUAGGGUGGACGGACGAGAGGAGGUCACGGCGCACUAUGAGAGGGCGACGGUCAAGGACGAGCAGGACCAGCCCGAGCUGUCGAUCCAAGAUGCCCGCGUUCAGCAUCGCCUCACACUGCAGACGGAUGAUUAUGGCAACGUUCUUCUGGAGGCCCUCGUGGAAUAUGGCAAACCAUCCAGUCAACUGCCCAACGCCGAUGACCAACGGAAGCAGGAGGAAACCGUUGUUAGCUACACCGAGAUGAGAUAUACCAACGCUGUCGAGUCUGAGACUUGUUUCCAGAGUCCACUAUCUGCCGAGGUCCAGAAAUACAGAGUCUUCCCAGCUACUGCCAUCAGUGGAAAGGACCGAUAUGCGUGGGAGAUGAUUGCGCAGGAUGACGCACGCUUUCUCAAGGCGGCCGUGGAAAUCUCUCUCAACGCUGACGUGGAUGAGCAGCUCAAGCACGCAAAUACCAUAGGGUGUCGUGUCUUACUGGCAGAUCAACGCACGACGUAUACAUCAACGGAUCUGCUUGAAGCACUACCCGUUGGGGUGGCAGCCGAGUUUUCUGUCGUUGACCGAAAGUACCAGUUGGUCUUUACGUCAGAUUAUCUACAGGAGGUUUUCAGUGACGCGAAGCCAGCAGCAGAUAUGGAAGUGCUGGCCGCGCAUUGUAAAGACGGCGGAUACGUUGAAUUGAACGGCGAGGACGGCAAAUGGUGGGCUCAGUCAUCGCGUUCCAUCUUUGGAGACGACGACCCGGGCCACCGCCUCAAGGCUGCGCGGACUUGUUUCUUCAUCCCCAGCGGUGAGGUGGAUGCAUAUGGCAACACAUCAACCGUAGAGUUGGACCACUACCAUCUCUUGGCAAAGAAGACCACAAAUGCGGUGGGCAGCGUAAUCUCCACUGUUAGCGACUAUGCUAAGCUCGCAAGCAUUAUGACCAUAGAUGCCAAUGGGAAUCGAGUCCAGACAGCUCCAGACCCCCUUGGACGGGCUGUAGGUGUUGCUGUUCUGGGGAAAGAAGGGGACAGUACUGGGAACAGCCUAGAUGGAUUCAAAGGGGAGAUUGACCAGCAGACAUUGGAUGCCUUUUUCACGACGCCUUACGGAGAAACAGCCAAGUCCCUGCUUGCUGAAGCGAGUCAGCGGACGAUAUAUGACAUCGACUCUUACCGCCGGAGCGGCGUGCCUUCGCGGGUUGCCGUGCUGACCCGUCACGACCACGUUGGAAAGGGGACGGACGUAUCUCCCAUCACUGUGCGGAUCACAUACCUAGGCGGCAGUGGCGUGGGUAUACAGUCAACCUUGCUAUCAAGUGAUACAGGCAAGACGGGAUGGGAUUUUGACGGAUGGGUUAUCAACGACAACAAAGGACAGCCGGUCCAGAAGUUUCAACCCUCACGUGCCUCAUCUCAUGCCUUCCGGCCUCUGCCGCCCCCCAGCGAUGGCACCGUCCCCGUCACGACAACACUGCGAGACCCCCUCGGGAGGGUAUUGGGGGUUCUUUACCCUGAUCACACCUGGUCCAAGACUCGAUUCACGCCGUGGACCGAGGCUGAAUAUGACGCCGGCAACACAUCCAACGUUGAAGAUCCGGCGACAGAUGACGAUGUUGGCUCCUACUUUAAAAGACUCCCUCGGUCUUUAUACUAUCCGACCUGGCGACAAAAGCGGAUGGCUGAUGGGUCAAGCGCAAAGGAUAAGAUGGCAGCCCGCCAAGGAGAUGUGUAUGCUGAUGCUCCCACUAUCACGCACUUGGACGCCCCGGGCCGUCUACGAGACGCCCUGGAUCGCACAGUGGAGAAGGUAACAUAUGAUCUCCUCGGACGGCAGCUACACACCGCCAACAUGGACCGAGGUCGGCGUUGGCUACUCUCAGACAGUGACGGUCUGCCAUGUUUGUCCUGGUCAGACAGGCAGACCAGAAAAAGGUCCGAGUACGAUGCCUUGCGACGGCUGAAGAGUGUCUGGAGACUGUCUUCGGAGGAGCAUGCGGUCGAGACAAAGGUGACCGAAAUGACUUACGGGGAGGGGCGGCCUGACGACGCUGCGUCCAACCUCCGCGGACAGAUAUAUCAGUGCCGUGACCAGGCUGGACUGCUUACCAAUAGCAAAUUCGACGUUCUGGGGGGGUGUACUAUGUCCACGCGGUGGUAUGCCAACGAGUACCGGAACAGGUUGGACUGGUCGAGUGUGAAGGACGAGCAGGCGGCGUUGGAAAAGGAUGGGCACAAAACCGAGUGUCGAUACAAUGCUCUCAACCUGCCCGUCGAGAAUGUGGCGUCGGAUCUUGGGAUGGCCAGACGGCAGUACGACGUCGCAGGGCGAUUGGUGGCUCUCGAGUCGUUCAAGGCGGACGGCACGGGGGCUGCUACAUCGUCGACUAAUAGCAUCAAAUACAACGCCAACGGCAUGAUCACCGACCUCGCUUAUGGUGAUAAGACGCAAUCGACAAACACAUAUGACGAGCAGACACAACGCCUUGUGGCCACAAGAACCAUUCGCACGACUGAUAAUGUGGUGCUCCAGGAUGUCUCAUACGCCCAUGACUGUCGAGCCAAAGUCGUCCAGACAAAAGACACGGCCAAAAUUGGCGUCAAGGACGCGGAUUCGACGCAAGAAUACCAUUAUGACUGCCUCGGUCAGCUUGUACAAGCCACCGGCCGAAUCCAAGUCGGCUCGCAGUCAAAACAUGUUAGGCCAUACAGCUUCAACGACGAUAAGCCUGGAGGUGACUCAAAGACAAUUCGCUACACGGAGACGUAUGCCUACGACAAGGCAGGAAACAUGCUCACCAUGUCCAAUACCCCAAACACUGCCGGACACACUGGCUGGAAAAGGGCAUACACAUAUGCAGAGCAGAGUUGUAUCACGAUAGGAGAGACGAGUAACAGACUGACCCGCACCAAGGUGGGCAAAGUGACUGAGGAGUAUAAAUAUGAGGACGAUGCGGGACGGCACGGCUGUAUGACGCAUAUACCGGGAUACAGCCAUCUCUCCUGGAACGACGACGAUCGUCUGGAUUCCUUUUCGACGCAGAACGUUGGUGCGGAUAAUGGAAACACGCCUGAGAGGACGUGGUAUGUCUACGAUGCGGAGGGCACGCGUGUGCGCAAAGUGACAGACCGCUACCGCGACAACAACGAUGAUCAACCGCGCAAGAGCAAGGACAUCCGAUAUCUGCCCAUGGGGGACAUUUUCUCCUCGUACACAGGCGACGAUCUGCAACCAUCACGCGUAACAUGUACGCUCAACGCCGCCGAUGCCGCUCUAGGCUCUACUCCCAUCUCCCUUGUUGAGCACAGCACAUCUUCCCCGACGGCGCUGGUGCGAUACCGCCUCGGUGAACGACUGCAAGUUGACCCUGAUGCCAAGGUGGUCUCAUACAACGAGUUCUCGCCGUUUGGAUCCGGUACCUACCAAACCUUCAACACCGAUGCCCCUCGGGCAUACAGAUUCGCCAGUUAUCGCUGGGACUCGGAGAGCGGCCUAUACGCUUGCGGAGCUAGAUACUACGCACCCUGGCUUGGACGUUGGACAUGUGCCGAUCCCAUAGGCGUAGCUGACGGAUUGAAUCUCUUUGCCUAUGUCAGGAAUGAUCCCGUCAACUUUGACGAUCCGGGCGGCACAACCAAGAAUCGCAAAUACAACAGAUCACUCUCUGAGCCAUCAAGUCACGAACAGGCAGCGGGGAGCAGCGGCACAUUCUCCAGUAUCCGUGACAUACCCGCCGCGGUUGCUCGCAGACUUGGGUCCAGUCUCUUUGAUGCCGAUCAUCCUCCUCCUGUCGCCCCAGGCUCAACCAGGCUGUGGCGCGCGACGGACCUGGCGAGAGGUAUUCAGUUUGUACGCUUCGGUGACGUAUCUGCCGUGCGCACGACGGCGAUUGGCAACUUUAAUCGUGCUGAUGAGACGGCUGCCUACUGGGCUGCGACUAGGGCAUCUGCCGAGGUGCACGCAAAGCAUCUAAUGAAGGCAGACAAGAAAGCGCUGAUAUCCAUGGAUGUACCGCAGAGUGUGUUGGCGAGCGGUACCGCUGGUGUGUAUGACUACGGUCCUGAGGCGAGCACCCAAUGGCAAGAGGUAAGCACUUCCCCUCCAUCUUUUCAUAGCACUCUUUAG